CGUAGGGAGGCGGACGUGGACGGAGUGGAGUUCAUGUUGGAGGGUGCCGGAGCCGCCCCUCGGGGCCCUGCGGGCGUUCUUCUGGGGUGAGCGCGCUCCACUGCAGCGGGAUGAAGACAUUGUUUCAGGAAAUCAAAGCUUCUAUCAAAAACAACGUUGAUCAGGAACGCUCUUUCUGGAGGCCAGUACUUCCGUGGGGAGGCGUGUUCACCAUAAAAGCCGGCCGUAAAGCCAUCUCUUGUAUGCCCCUGUAUGUGGAGAUCACCCUGAAGAACACCUGCACCAUCGAUGGCUUUUUGAUGCUCCUUUAUGUUAUCCUGCGUGAAAACAACACAUUCCCCCGGGAGCUGUCCCACUACCUGGGCAGAGAGUUUGUGGAUUGUUUCCUCCAUCUGAUGGACACCUGUAGCUUCACCUCUGUCAAACUGCUCUGGAUAUGGGACAAGAUGGAGAAGAGGCAGUACAAAUCCGGCAUACACAAAGCAUCUCUUGAAAUUGACUUGUUUGGGAAUGAACAUGAGAAUUUCACCAGAAACCUGGAGCGUUUGAUGGCCACCAUACAGGAGAGUUACUGCUCCAACUCGCAGUGCCCCAUCCGUUUGCAGGAGAGUAACAUGGAGACUAUUCUUAUCAACCCCCCUCAUGACAUACCUCAUGGAGACCUCAUUCAGAUGGCAGUGGAUGAACUCUUCUGCUCUAGGAUUGAAGUGUGCGAACAGAAAGGGUGUGGAUGCUUGAGGGAAUUUUCUCAGAGGGUUUUCUGUUACGGACCUCCUCCAUUUGUUAUAUUGAACAUGGAACAGUGGAAGUCAGAAGACUUGGCCUAUGUACCUUAUUAUUUGGAUUUGUCUGAUCACAAAUACCUGCUGGAAGGUGCCACUCUCUUCAACAAAGAGGAGCAUCACUACUCCGCAGCCUUCCAGAUCGACGGUUAUUGGAUGCAUUACGACGGCCUGAGGAACGUCAACUUAAUCUUAUUAAAUAAACCCCCUGAGCUUCUCUUGUUGUCUUCUCUGGUAUACGUAAGAGCUGCAGAGAAAUAACCCAGCAAGUGUGAUUGUGGUAUUAUUCAAAUCGCUCAUGUACUUUUUCUUUUUUUCUUUUUAAACACAGAUGGCGAAAAAGGAAAUUUUAGAAGAAACAUUAUUUAAUAUGCUUAAAGGGUUUGUAAAGGAUUUUUUUUUUAUCUUAAUAGCUUCCUUUACCUUAAUGCAGUGCUGUUUUCAU